AUGGGACAGACCAUGACUACCCCCCUUUCCCUCCUGGUAAACAAUUUCAAGGAAGUGAAGACCAGAGCACAUGAUUUGAGUCUGAAUGUUAAAAAAGGAAAAUUAAUUAUGCUAUGCUCAUCAGAGUGGCCGGCGUUCGAUGUUGGCUGGCCUGCUGAGGGUACUUUUAACCUGUCUGUUAUUGAAGCUGUGAAGGAAAUCACCAUGCGCCCCAAAAAGGGGUAUCCAGAUCAGACGCCAUACAUAGUCGUCUGGGAAGACUUGGUUAAUAACCCCCCUCCUUGGGUAAAGCGAUUUCUACCCCUACAGGAACCUCAGGAGACAGUGCUGACUGUUCGAGAGCACUCAGAGAAGCGACCAAAUGAAAGCAGACCUUCGGCGCCGCUUUACCCGGUUCUACAAGGGGGUGUGGAGGAAGACUUGAUUUUCCCUCCGCCCUAUUACUCUCCUAUCCGACAGGGCUCACCCCGAGCCGCUCCCUCUACCAGAGCAGACAGAGUGACCGAGGGGCCGAUGAUGGGACCAGCAGCAGGCACCCGACACAGGGUGCAGCGAAUGGCACCUCCGGGGCCAGCUGAUUCCACGGUGUUGCCACUAAGGGCCAUAGGCCCUCCAGAUGGGGAAGGAAACCAGCCUCAUCACUAUUGGCCCUUUGCUACGAGUGAUCUCUAUAACUGGAAGAUGCAGAGUGCCAAAUUUUCUGAUAACCCCAGAGAAUUAAUUGAUCUUUUAGACUCUAUCCUCGUUACCCACAUGCCAACCUGGGAUGAUUGCCAACAGCUCCUCCAGAUUCUCUUCACUACCGAAGAACGUGAGAGAAUUCAGACAGAAGCUCGUAAAUUGGUACCAGGAGCCAAUGGAGAGCCUACUACCAAUAUAGAUGUAAUAAAUGAAUGUUUCCCUCUCUCCCGCCCUAGAUGGGAUUUUAAUACGGCUGAAGGUAAGGAGAGACUCCGGGUCUAUCGCCAGACUCUGUUAGGAGGCCUCAAAGCGGCCGCUCGCAAGCCCACUAACCUGGCCAAGGUAGGGAGUGUACAACAAGGUAGGGAUGAGAGUCCAGCGGCAUUCCUAGAGAGGAUUAUGGAAGCUUUUAGACAAUAUACGCCCAUGGACCCAGAAGCACCAGAAACUAAGGCGGCUGUAGUGAUGGCUUUUGUCAACCAGGCUGCCCCAGACAUUAAGCGAAAGUUACAACGAGUAGAAAGACUAGCGGAGAAAAGCAUCCAGGAUUUAAUAGUGGUUGCAGAAAGGGUGUUCAACAACCGAGAGAGUCCUGAAGAAAAAGAAGAAAGGCGAUAUAGAGCCAGUGAGCAACGGGAUCGCAAACUUACUAAGAUAUUACUGGCAGCUACAGCCAGAGACCCAAGAGAAAGGGAAGAAAGGCUGAAAAACAUAAGCAGAGAACGAGAUGAGAAGUUCAGAGACAGACAAGGCGAGAGGCCUAGGGAUAAUAGAAACCAGGAGCUAACAGGCAGGCUUAAGCGUGAUAGGAGCCAGGCCUGUUUCUAUUGCGGAAAAGAAGGACAUUGGAGAAAUGCAUGCCCUGACAAAAAGCAACGCCACCGUGAAACACCGGUAUUGGUAGCGGGGGAACUGGAUGACUAGGGGUGUCGGGGUUCGGACCCCCUCCCCGAGCCCAGGGUAACUCUUAAGGUAGAGGGGACCCCGAUUAAUUUCCUGGUAGACACAGGAGCGCAACACUCAGUACUGACAAAACCCCAAGGAAAGUUGUCAACCAAAACUUCCUGGGUACAGGGAGCCACAGGAAUGAACCGGUACUCUUGGACUACCCAAAGAACGGUGGAUUUAGGUAUGGGCCGGGUAUCCCACUCGUUCAUGGUCAUUCCUGAAUGUCCCUACCCACUGUUAGGGAGAGACUUGCUCACUAAAAUUGGAGCACAAAUUUGUUUUCAACCGGGAGGACCUCAAGUCCUCAAUCAUAAGGGACAACCCAUUCAUGUCCUCACUUUGCGGCUGGAGGAUGAAUACCGUUUACACCAACAGCCUACUCCCCCGGCCUCAGACAUAGAUGAAUGGCUGCAGAAGUUCCCCAGUGCUUGGGCAGAAACGGGAGGCGUUGGAUUGGCCAAACACAGGCCACCUAUUCUCGUGGAGCUAAAACCUGGAGCUGAUCCGGUAAGAGUUCGUCAAUACCCUAUGUCAGCAGAGGCACGGGUUGGAAUAAUCCCACAUAUUAGACGAUUACUAGAUAUGGGCAUAUUGAGACCAUGCCAGUCAGCAUGGAACACACCCUUACUGCCAGUCCGCAAGCCUCACUCCAGUGACUACCGGCCAGUUCAAGAUCUCCGGGAGGUGAACAAACGGGUGAUGGACAUACACUCUACUGUCUCUAACCCCUACACCCUACUCAGCUCCCUGCCUCCAGACCACUGUUGGUAUACUGUUCUGGACUUAAAGGAUGCCUUCUUCAGUUUGCCCUUAGCCCCAAAAAGCCAGGAAUUAUUUGCCUUUGAAUGGAUAGACCACGAGAAAGGCAUCAGUGGGCAACUGACGUGGACCAGAUUGCCCCAAGGAUUCAAGAGCUCGCCCACCAUUUUUGAUGAUGCCUUACAUGAAGAUCUAGGUGAGUUCCGUGCAACCCACCAACAGGUCACACUUCUACAAUAUGUUGAUGACCUCCUGGUAGCUGCCCGUGACUAUGGGACUUGCCUAACGGGGACAGAGGACCUUCUCCGGACACUAGGUGAGCUGGGGUAUCGGGCGUCUGCAAAGAAGGCACAACUCUGCAAAUCCAAGGUAAAUUAUCUUGGCUAUGUAUUGGAGGGUGGUCAGAGGUGGCUAUCAGACGCCAGGAAGGAAACUGUUUUGAAGAUCCCAAGGCCUACCACCCCACGCAAAGUACGAGAGUUCUUGGGGUCUGCUGGGUUCUGUAGACUAUGGAUACCAGGGUUUGCAGAACUGGCAAAGCCCUUAUAUGGAGCCACCAAAACCCAGCCAAAGUUUCAAUGGACAGAGGAGAUGGAGGCUUCCUUCCAGAAGAUUAAAAUGGCCUUGUUAUCGGCACCUGCACUGGGGUUGCCUGACAUAACUAAGCCUUUUCAUCUGUAUGUAGAUGAAAAGCAAGGAGUGGCAAAAGGAGUUUUAACCCAGUAUUUGGGGCCAUGGAGGAGGCCAGUAGCUUAUCUUUCAAAGAGACUAGAUGCGGUGGCUGCUGGAUGGCCCCCAUGUUUGCGCAUCAUAGCAGCCACGGCACUACUGGUAAAGGAUGCACAUAAACUGACUUUGGGUCAAGAAUUAAGUGUUACCACACCCCAUGCCAUAGAAGGUGUCCUCAAACAACCACCUGACCGAUGGAUCAGCAAUGCGAGACUCACUCAUUACCAGAGUCUUUUAUUAAACCCUACUGUCAUCACCUUUAGAGUACCUACAGCUCUUAAUCCAGCUACCUUACUGCCAGACCCAGACUUGGAUGCCCCGCUACAUGAUUGUUCUGGGAUCUUGGCGCAAGUCCAUGGAAUUCGAGCAGACCUACAAGACCUGCCACUACAGGAUGCUGAGGUGACCUGGUACACUGAUGGUAGCAGCUUCAUGCGUGACGGACUUCGCCUAGCAGGGGCUGCGGUAACCACUGAGACGGAGGUAGUAUGGGCCGAACCCUUACCCCCUGGGACCUCAGCCCAGCGAGCUGAACUUAUUGCUCUGACCAAAGCCCUAGAGUUAGGCAGAGAUAAAAAGAUAAAUAUAUAUACUGACAGCAGGUAUGCUUUUGCCACGGCCCACAUACAUGGAGCAAUCUACAGAGAGCGUGGACUGCUUACCGCAGAAGGCAAGACUGUAAAAAAUAAGGAAGAAAUCUUAGCCUUACUAACAGCUUUGUGGCUACCAGAAAAACUGGCCAUAAUCCACUGCCCAGGGCACCAGAAGGCCAAUACCCCUGCAGCAAAAGGAAAUGCCAUGGCAGAUAAGACAGCCAGAGAGGUGGCAGCCUCAGCUCCUGUGCUAGUAACAAAACUACCAUGUCUAGGUAGUGCCUGCCUGCCUGACCAACCCUCAUACACCUCAGAAGAUCAAAAAUGGAUGGAGACCUUACCUAUGGUCCUAGAAAAGGAUGGCUGGAACUAUUCUGCCAAAGGCAAGGUCAUACUCCCAGAGAGGCUAGGAGAUGAACUCCUACACAGCAUACACAGUUCUACCCACAUGGGUGCUAGGAAGAUGCAAGGCCUAAUUAGAGGGGCCGGAGUAAAAAUCAGAGAAGCCUAUCCCAAGAUUGAACAAAUUGUGAAAAACUGUAAGACUUGUCAGUAUGCUAACAUGACCAAAAACUCAGCUAAUCCUGGGUUUAGACUGAGAGGCAACCGCCCGGGGGCCUAUUGGGAAAUAGACUUCACUGAGGUCAAACCGGGAAAAUAUGGAUACAAAUAUCUGCUAGUUUUCGUAGAUACCUUUUCAGGAUGGGUGGAGGCCUACCCCACCAAGCAUGAGACAGCCAAUGUGGUGGCUAAGAAAAUAUUAGAAGACAUCCUACCAAGGUAUGGCUUUCCUACUAUGAUAGGAUCGGAUAAUGGACCGGCAUUUACAUCCCAGAUAGUCCAGGCCUUAGCCUCAGUACUUGGAGUAGAGUGGAAACUACAUUGUGCUUACAGACCCCAGAGCUCAGGACAGGUAGAAAGAAUGAAUAGAACCCUAAAGGAAACUCUAACUAAACUGACCUUAGAGACUGGCGGUGACUGGGUGUCACUCCUCCCCUAUGCCUUAUUCCGAGUACGGAACUCUCCCUAUAAGUUAGAUCUAACUCCCUUUGAGAUCAUGUUUGGAAAACCUCCCCCCAUUAUACCUAACCUGAGAGCUGAAGUAAUAAUGGAAAUUAAUGAUCAUAACUACCUUCAAUCCCUCCAAGCCUUACAGUGGACUCAUACCGACAUUUGGAGAAGACUGGAAGCCCUCUACAAAACUUCACCACCUCCUGAGCCUCACCGUUACCAACCAGGAGACUGGGUGCUCGUCAAGCGACAUCGACGAGAAACUCUUGAACCUCGUUGGAAGGGGCCCUACACAGUCAUCCUGACCACUCCAACAGCUCUCAAGGUAGACGGAAUAGCCACAUGGGUCCACUACACUCACGUUCGCCCUUACGAGUCUCCCCCAAAACUAGACUACAAAUGGAAAGUCGCCAAGGACGAUGGCAACCCUUUCAAACUCAAGUUACAACGUGUCACCGAACCGUGA